AUGUCUCAACCAGCAACAUCGAGUUCAUCAUCAUUGAAAGAACCACAGUUAAAGCAUCGCCGCAUGAGUAGUAGCUCUCAUGAAAUUGAUAAUCGGAAUGUUUACAGAAUUGCUAGUUUCAACGUUGAAAAUUUGUUAGCUCGCUAUGAAUUCAACAAGGCUCAACAAAUGAAAAUUUCAAAACAAAGUCUUGCAUGUAAAGGAGUGAUUGAAUUUGGAAUUAAUGAUUUAAAACCAAAAUUUUCAUUUUCUGAUGAAAAAAGUAAACAAAUUACGGCUGAUGCUAUUAUUGAUAUCAAUGCAGAUGUCAUGUGUUUGAUGGAAGUGGAAUCAUUGCAAGUGUUGGAUGAAUUUAAUUCUACGUUCUUGAAAAAUUUGAAUUAUAAUUAUACAAUGUUGAUUGAUGGGCGAGAUCCAAGACAUAUUGAUGUUGCAAUUCUUAGUAGAUAUCCAAUUGUUAAUGUUAGAAGCAAUAGACAUGCUACUUAUCCUGGUGAGAGAAAUAGAUUUAUUUUCUCUAGAGAUUUGUUGGAAGUUGAUGUUUCAUUUCCUGGAAAUCAUGAAUUAACACUUUAUAUUACACAUUUGACAUCGAUGAACAAAGGACGAGAGGAUACACAUGAUAGACGUGCCAAACAAGUGGAAUAUAUUUGUGAUAGAGUGGAACAAGUAUGGAAGCAUAAAAACUACAAAGGAAACUUCAUUAUUUGUGGUGACAUGAAUGACUACAAUGACGAAGAAUCCAGUCUUUCAAAAUUAUUAAACCAUGACCAUGUGACAGACAUUAUUUCUCAAAGAUUGAAAAAAGAGGAUCAAUGGACUCACUAUUACGGAAGAGGACAAACCUAUAGCCAACUAGACUAUAUGUUUGUUUCAAACGAUCUAUUAUUGAGAAACCCAAGAGCCAAGCCAGUCAUCUACCGCAAAGGCUUGCCUUUGAGAGCAACAAAAUAUAAGGGAGAAAGACUUCAAGGCGUUGGGCUCAACGACCCUAAGGCAUCAGAUCAUGCCGCAGUUUAUGUGGACCUUUCGUUGGAAUAA